UGCCCGCCCUUAAGAAAAUGGCGUCAGAACAGCAACAACAAGAGGCUCUUGCUGGUCUCAUUAGCGAGAACGCAUCUGAGGUGGCUAUUCUUCAAGCUCUACAAAGUGCACUCGCGGAAAAUGCUCUUUUUACUUCUUCCCUUGAGAAAGGAGCUGAUCCUACCAACAUUGCUAACCUACUAUCCUCACUCAAUAGCUUACAAGCAACUCAAAUGCUAAUGAUGGUGCCAGGUGCUGCUGGGGCUCUCAAUGCUUUAUCCAGGUUCCCAUUGAAUAAUGGAGGAGAGAUUGUAGAAGAAGAGCCAUUGUAUGUCAACGCUAAGCAAUAUCACCGGAUCCUAAAGAGAAGACAAGCAAGAGCAAAACUAGAGGCCGAGGGUCGAAUACCGAAAUCAAGACAAAAAUAUCUACACGAGUCAAGACACCUUCAUGCUCUGAAUAGGAACAGAGGACAGUAUGGUCGGUUUCAAAAAGGAAACGUGCUACCUCAACCUAGUGGAGUCUCUUCAGCUUCUUCAUCCAGUGCAUCAUCUUCUAAUCCUUUGCAAAAAACCUCUUCUACUUCAAUUGGUGCUUCAAGCAGUGCUACUCUACCAAUACACCAUAGCACUCCUUCAAGUAAUGGCCAGUUUAAUACUAUCAGUAAUAAUAUUCGACAUCAGUCCUCAAGUUCUUUUCAAGGCAGUGUAAUCCAUGAUAAGAGUGUUUUUGAUAUUACUAGUAAUAAUGCUACUAUGACUAAUAAUGGAAUGACUAACACUGGUAGAGUUUAUAUCAGUACAACUGGAGCUGGCAUACCUUCAACCUCACACACAAGUAAUGAUGCUAGGCUAUCAGUGACGCCUAAUGCAAGUCUUCCCUCUAGCACUCCAGUCAUUGUGAUACCACCACCUCCUGUUGGCACUCAACAGACCACUGAAUCUAACUCUACCAUUAAAUCGUCUACUACUAAUAUCCAAGGAGGAUUAGGUAGUGUGGUAAAUCCUUCUACUAGCAUUCAAGGAGGAUUAGGUAGUAUAGUAAAUCCUUCUACUAGCAAUCAAGGAGGAUUAGGUGGUAUAGUAAAUCCUUCUACUAGCAUUCAAGGAGGAUUAGGUGGUAUAGUAAAUCCUUCUACUAGCAUUCAAGGAGGAUUAGGUGGUGUAAUAAAUCCUUCUACUACCAUUCAAGGAGGAUUAGGUGGUGUAAUAAAUCCUUCUACUACCAUUCAAGGAGGAUUAGGUGGUAUAGUAAGUCCUACUAGCAUACAAGGAGGAUUGGGUGGUGUAAUAAAUCCUUCCAGUUCUGGUGGCAAUGUAUCAGGAGGUGGGCCUAAGCAAGGCAAUGAUGAUGUAGAGGAAGCAUUACGAGGUCUAAUGGACAAUGGUCUGCUUGAUCUUCCAUUCUUUACUUUAUAAACAGUCAUUCAUAUAUUACCAAUAGCAGUUAAUGUAAUAGAAACAUGUUUUUGUAAUGUAUUUCAUUCAUUUAUUUGUAAAAAUCAUUUUUAUUUAAUCGA